CAGUGCUGCUUCAUUUCCGGUAUCUCUUCCGGUGUAGUGUUUCUGUUCGUCAGAGUCAGCGGGUAACUUUACUGAUAGAAUGGAAGCUAACUUCGUGUUUCACUCAGAAACUAAGACCAUCAUGGAGACAGUCUUACAGACAGCUGUCCAUGUUUAUAAAAGGUCAGAGGAAAACCGGAUAAAACCGCCCGACCGAGGAGGGAAGCCGGCUUUAUCACACACUUUGGAGAUGCUGGCAUGUGAGGCAACGAGAAAAAUCGACGCCAUUUUCCUCCAACUGUCCUCGAAGCUGCAGAAUGAAAACACGACGCUGAAGGUGGAAGUGAGGCGUCUGGAGAGCGAGAUGAAGAGCGUGAGCGGAGACUUAGAGAACGCGAGAAUGUGGAGAGAAAACGUCCUGAACGGCUGCCCGGUGCUGUUCGAGCAGAGCGGCCUGGUCUACACCCUGAAGCCUUUUGGGAAGUUAAAACCGAAGACAGGGGAGCUGACGGAGGGAGGCGCGGAGCUGUCACCUGCUGUGAGCGGACAUGAAGAAGCUGAUGAUGGAGAGACAACAGAGGAGGUGAACUCUGAAGCUGUGACGUCAACAAGACCACAAGGAGAGAUUUUAGAAAGCACCACCACAAACAUGGAGGAGUCUAAGAGCACACAGAAACCAGAGGUGAAGAGGAAAGGGAAGGAGUUUGUUUGUGACGUCUGCAACAAGAGCUUCAACCGGCACUUCCAUUUGAUGAAGCACCUGAACACUCACAAAGAUCAGAGACCCUUCUCCUGCAAUCAGUGCCCCAGGAGAUUCAGGAACACGGCCACCUACGAGCACCACCUGCUGCGGCACGAGGAGAAGAAGCACGCCGCCUUCAAGUGCCCGCUCUGUGAGAAGACGUUCAAAACCAAAAUGCACCUGAAGACUCAUCAGCUGGUUCACACAGACACGAGGCCGUUCACCUGCUCCACCUGCGGGAAGAGCUUCAAGACCAAACACAACCUGCAGGCUCAUCAGAUCGUUCACUCCGUGGAGAAGCCGCACAAGUGCUCCGAGUGUGGCGAGAGCUUCAGGUACGCCAUCACGCUGCAGUGUCACAGAAGCGUCCACACAGGGGAGCAUCCGUACAAGUGUGCGGUGUGCGGCAAAGCGUUUGUGAAGAGGAGAUCGCUCCGCACGCAUCAGUCUGUCCACACGGGGAAGGUCUUCACAUGUGAGACGUGUGGAGCCGGAUUCACUCUGCAGCACAACCUGAAGAGACACAUCCGUAUCCACACGGGGGAGAAACCCUUCAAAUGUAAAGUCUGUGGGAAGAGUUUCAUUCAGGACAACAAGCUGAAAGCUCACAUGCUGCUCCAUGGAGCCGAGAAGUCCUUCAUGUGUGACCUGUGUGGGAAAACCUUCCUGUAUAACUGUCAGCUGCAGAAACACCAGAGAGUAACCCACGAUGAAACACGAGGGCAGAUCACUACGAGGAGAGUUCAGGGACGACACAACCGCAGAGUCAUCUACCGCCGGGACAGGACCACCGUGGACGUGACGCCGUUCAGCUGCAAGACCUGCCACAAGGGCUUCGACACCAGCGGCGCCCUGAAGAGACACGAGGUCAUCCACACGGGGCAGAUGCAGCACAAGUGCGACAUCUGUGGGAAGUCGUUUUUCUACAAAGCCACGUUUGAGUACCAUCAACGGAUCCACUCCGGAGAACGCCCGUUCGGAUGUGACGUGUGCGGGAAGAGGUUCAUCAUCCCGCAGGCUCUCAAGUCCCACAAACUGAAGCACUCCGGGGAGAAACCACAUAAAUGUGAGCAGUGCGGCAAGGCCUUCAGGAUCUACACAAACUACCUGAGACACUUACGCAUCCACACGGGGGAGAAGCCCUACGAGUGUGAGGUGUGUGGGGUGAGGUUCAGGCAGCUCGGACACGUCAAGUUUCACAUGCAGGUGCACACGGGAGAGAGACUUUACUACUGCAGCAGCUGUGGGCUCGGGUUCUCAGACUCUAGGCUGCAGAAGAAACACAAAUGCAGUGAGAAGUAUCAGAAAGUACACGAAAACACUGUCAGUACUUUAAAGAUGUCGGACCCGGAGCCGGAGGUCGGCGCCAUCUUGGAAAUCAUGGUGAACGCGACCGUUACAGAAAUGAGCAAAGUCCUCGGAUCCUCUGAUUUAACUGAAGAAUCUCCAGUUUACUGUGGAGAUGAAAACACAGGAGAGGAACCUGAUGAGAAGGUGAUCCAGUUCAGCAUCUUCAUGGCGUCUCUGGCUCGAGAAGCCGUGGAGAAGAUCUGCCAGCUGUUUCGGGACACUUCUUGUCUGCUGCGAGUAGAAGUGACGCAGGGUGUUGCAGAGAUUAAGGACCUGAAGAGGAGGCUGGAGCUGGCAGAGAAGGAGCUGAAGCUGGUGCUGGAGGGCAGCGGAGGACAAGAGGAGGUGGAGGAGCUGACGGAGGACAGGAGGGCUCCUGUGAAACAUGUGAAGAGCCAGCGAGCGGGGAGGAAGGGUCGCAGAGUUGGUGCUUCUCGUGAUUCUGGAGUGAAUCCUAGAUCACCCAUAAUUCUGUGGCAAGGCCGAACCUACGAGGAAAGCAUCCAGCCUGUCAUUAUAAAGGAGGAGGGAUUGGAGGCGUUGGUCGAUCAGGUGUCGUCUGAUUCUGGUCAGUACAGAGUUGACCUGGUCCAGGACGAUGAUGACGACCCGGACUACAAUCUGGAACCAGAAGACACAGACCCAGGAUUCACUUCUAGACCCAAGCGUGUCGUAAAGCCCCGGUCCAGUCGAGGUCCGGCAAAGAAGGACGAUGAGAACCAGGACGAGCCGCCUCUGAGCCGGAAACACUGCAGCAAAACUUUCACCAAGCUGCAGCAGCUCAAAGCUCACGUGCCUGAAGACGGGGAAAACACAGAGAAGCCUUUCCACUGCUCUCAGUGUGGAAAAGGAUUCUCGUUCCAGAGAAGCCUCAGUGCUCACAUGCUGCUCCACACAGGUGAGAGACCACACACCUGUGACAUCUGUGGGAAAGGUUUCACCCUGAAGCAGCUCCUGAAGAAUCACCAACGUGUUCACACUGACGUCCGGCCGUUCCGCUGUGAUCACUGUGGAAAGAGCUUCUACCGAGCUCACGGCCUGAAGAUGCACCAGAUGGUCCACACGGGGGAGCGGGCCUACAACUGCCAGUUCUGCGACAAGAGCUUCACAAUCCCAGGUAACCUGCAGCGUCACCUGCGCAUACACACGGGGGAGAAGCCGUACAAGUGUGAGACUUGUGGCAAACAGUUUAACCAGGCAGACACUCUGAAAGGUCAUCAGCGGACUCACACCGGCGAGCGUCCCUUCAGCUGCGAGACGUGUGGAAAAUCUUUCAUCCAGAAGAGCGCCUUGAAAAUGCACCAGAAGACCUCUCACACCGGGGAGAACGUGCUGGCGUGCGUGGCGUGCAGCGCUGUGGUGGCCUGCGUGGACUCGCUGCGCAAACAUCUCCAGACACACGCGGCGACUAUUCCGUGUACGUGUGUUCUCUGCGGUCAGCGGCUCAGCUCCAUCACGGACCUGCGCUCGCAUCAGCAGCACCACACGGUGGUCCGGCCUCACAGCUGCAGCCUCUGCUGGAAGAGCUUCAAGUCGUCCAGUUACCUGAAGAUCCACCUGAAGACGCACAGCGGGGAGAGACCCUUCUCCUGCAAGAUCUGCGGUCGCAUGUUCACACAGCAGAGCAGCCUCAAAUCCCAUAAGGUGGUCCACACAGGAGAGAAACCUUUCAGCUGCGACACGUGUGGGAAAUGUUUCGGCAACACGGGGAACCUGAACAGACACCAGCGCAUCCACACCGGGGAGAAACCGUUCAGCUGCCACAUAUGUGGACGCAGCUUCAACCAGGGAAACAGCCUGAAAGCUCACCAGCAGAUCCACACGGGGGAGAAACAGUACAUGUGUGACAAGUGUGGGAAGAGUUUCUCUUACCUGAGGAACCUGAAGGAUCACAAGUGUUUCUACGUCUGAGACUGUGAGGAGACGUUACAGCGGGUGACUCACUAACCUGUGCCUGUUCAGGAGUGAACGAGUGAACAACAAGAGUUUGUAGUAAGAGAGGUUUUUUGCACAUUAGUUUUUCCACUGCUGAGUUAACUGAAGAGGAGUGGAGGGGAUGGAUAGAUGAAGAUCAGAAGCAAACUUUAAAACCUGUUUCUGUAGCAGCUGUUGACGGUCACGGCUGCACUGAUGUGGUUAAAGCUCAAAGAGACUCAGAAGACAAACUGUUUAACUGUACAAGGCUUCUCUAAAAUCUGCAGUGACUGCAGUUUAACAUGAUGGAGAUUGGGUUCCAGAUAACAGUGUGUAAUAAAGACACAUAAUCAUCCUGAAA